AUGUCUCACAACUUGAAGAAAUCCGAUGACUGCAAUAACAUGAUCAUCGUUGGUGGCGGCGCCGCUGGCAUCACCCUCGCUCGUACAGUGUCGGCGAAGAUCACCGCGCCCACCCAUAACAUUUUCCUCGUCAACCCACGACCAUUCCAAGUCAUUGACUCAUUCCGCCCGUCUGAGUCUCUCUCCGAACCCGCCGGUGAAAUCAAAAUCAAAGACACAUAUCCGAAUAAAAAUCCUACUAACGUUCAAAGCGGCCGCCUACUCAACGCUCAACGACGUGUAUCCGCUGAGAUUUCGUACAUUCGCGGAGAAAGGACGGACAUAGCGUGGGACGGGGAUCAUGCUGGCAUGUGGGAUAUGUAUACGAACGUCCUUCACCUUCUCCAAGGCAGCUCCUCGCGCCUUCAUUCUAACCGCCCACUCUCCAGCUUCGCUGGGGAAAGGACGCGAGGAACUGUCCCACCAUCAUGA